GCGGCGUCAUUGGCUGCCUGGUGUCUCGGCCCCUCCCGCUGAGUGUGGCGGCGGUGGGUGGGGGGGAAAAGGCCGCCUCUUGUCUGUGCGUCUCGAUCUGUUUACUCCUCGCGCAGCUGCGGCAGCGCUGAGUGGGUGGCGGCAGCAGCAAGGGAGAGUCGGCAGCACGGAUCGGCACCUCGCAACAGCCCCCGCUUAUCUCCCUCAGCUCCUCCGCAGCCUCCCGCAGCAACGAAGCCAGCCCCCCCAUACCCCCCCCUGCGCGCGCACACACAGAGAGUGUGGGGAAAGAUAAGGACCGAGUGAGGCCGCGAGGGAACUGUGGAGGGCCAUGAAGACGGAGAUCUCUUCGGCUGCGGGCUUCAUCACCCGCCUCCUCCGGACGCCCGGCGGCAUCGGCGACGAGGAGCUGCGCUGCUUCAGCGAGUCCCUCCAGGAGGCGCUGCGAGGUGAGGCGGCGGAGGAGGAUAGGGGCGCCCCCAUGACCCCCAAACCUCUCCCCCCCCCACCCAGCGCCGUUGUUGUUGUUGUUGACGACGACGACGAUGGUGAUGGGGGAGUUGAAGAAAAAGAGCCCCGAGAAACCCCUCAGCCGUCGCACGCGGGGGGUAGGGGAGUCGAUGCCUCCCUCCUGCCACAAAGAGGAAGCCACCCCCCAAAGAAAGAACCCCCCCCCAACGAACAGAGCAGCCUCUCGUCGCUUUUCUCCUCUCCCCCCCCCGCCCCAAUACCCGGGUUGGAUUUCGAAAUAUCUUUCCCCAACUCCUAACUGUCCCUGCUGUGCUGCUAUGGGGUUCUUAUGGACCACUUUUCCUUUCUCCUUUCCCCCCUCACCCCCCACUUCUCAACGAUUAAGGAGCUUAAAUUCGCCUCAGUUUGAGCUCCUCCGACUUGGAGGGGGAGGCUGGCGACCUGUCUCCUUGGCAGCCCUCCUUUACUUUCAGUGAUAACAGUACUGACGUCCUCGUUAUUUGUGUUUCUAAACAGGCCCCCCCCCCUUUGUGUCGUUUUCUCCUCUUCUCUGUGUUUUGAAUCCCUCUUCAGGCAAGACAGCUGAAGGACGGGGACUGUGAGCCAGAGGCUGUAACUCUUCUUCCUCUUUCCUUUGUUCCCCCCACCCUCUGCAGACCAUUAUAAGCACCACUGGUUCCCCCUGAUGCCUUCCAAAGGCUCAGGAUACCGCUGCAUUAGGAUCAAUCACAAGAUGGACCCCUUGAUAGGAAAGGCAGCGGGUAUGAUCGGACUAAGCCACGAGAGACUCUUCCAGCUCCUGCCCAGCGAAUUAACUCUUUGGAUCGACCCCUUUGAGGUGUCCUAUCGCAUCGGAGAAGAUGGGUCGAUCUGUGUCCUCUAUGAAGGCCCUCAGCCAGCAGUGAAGAAUGCCAAAGCUCUUGAGAGCAUGAGCAGCUGUAAAGAGGAGUGGAGAAUUGGCAGAGCCAGCCCUUCCAAAAACUACAACAUGAUGACAGUUUCCAGUUAAAAAAAUUAACAUUCCCUGUACAAUGAUGUAUGUAUGUAUCCCGCUUUGAUAAUGAAGUUAGAUGAUGUAAUUGAUAUGUUGAUUUUCACCCCAUAGUCAUUAAAGUUGUAGUAGUACUGCCAAAUUCUUUGUUUUGUGGCCAAGGGCUAAUGUAUAAAAACAGUUCUUUAACUGUGUACUUUUUCUGGAUUGUAUACUGUAAAUGAAAUUGUACAGUCAAGAUGAUUGUUUUACAGAUUUAUAUUUUGGAAAAAAAUCCUUGGCUAUUUGUAAUAAAAAAGAAAUUAAUUUAAAUAUUUUUUUUUAACAAUGGCUUUUAGUUCGCAGUAGCUAUCCCCUACCACCUCUGCAUUUAUUGAGCAAUAAUUGGAGGGGGGGAUAGGGGGGAGGCAAUGUGGGUGGUGGGAAUUAGAAACUCUGACCAACUGGAAUUUUUAAACCUCUCGAGUGACUUGGCAGCGCAGACUAUUUUAGGAUCAUAAACACAGCUGAACAGAACAAAUAUGAAUUGUCUAAUGUAAAUAUCCAGGCCAGCUUUUUAUUCCCAAACAGCUGUCAUGCUUGGAAUCAAAUUUCUUGGAAGUAAAGUUCUAGAAAUUUACUCCAUAGUUCUUUCCCUCUUGCCCAAGAAAAUACCUUUUUAAACAUCUAUUUACACCAAUAAUAUUAGAUAAAAAUAGGUCAGUUAAAACAGAAACAUAUUUUGGUUUAUAUAACAUCACAGUGAAAUAAUCUAAUGUGUACAGUAUGUACAUUACAGAAUGUACAGUAAUUGUUGUUAAAGCUUUUCUAGAAUAUCCUGAAUCUAGGAAUCUGCUGCCCUAAAUGGAAAUUAUUGUCUUGAUCCCAAACACCUUUUGUGGAACUUCCAUUCAUUUCAGUAGGAGUUAUUUUCAUAUAAAGUUUUUGGGAUUAGGGUGCAAAUUUAAUGUUAGCGUGCUGCUUCAUGUUUUAAAACAUUUUAAUCUGUUAACUACUAACUGCCCUUUUUAUUUUCUAUUUAAACAUGUUUGUCAUUCACUAAACAUUAAACACCACUCAAAAUUAAGUCUUUCUGUCCUUCCCCAACAGUCUCCAAAGCCAAGAACUGAUCCAAAAGACUACCUUAGAUACGCCUAAGGCCUUUGGUCAUGCUAAUUGGAAUUCUUAGUAGUUUCUGAAAGAGAGCAAUGUAGACUAUUAGCACAUCAACAAACCUAGCAAAAUAUCACAUUAGCAUGGCAAAAGAGAAAGUUAAGGGGGCAAGUCUGGGCAAAUUCAAAGUGAUACUUCCAACUUGGCUGAAAAGGUAGUGGGAGUAGGAAACCUUUUUUAAGUUUAACAUUUGAUUACGGGAAUCUAAUGCCAGUUUUAAGUAAGAGUUCUAAUAAAAGCUAUUUUUAAGACUUAGGAUGUAACAUUUCAAAAUACAUAAUGAAUAAAGUCUGCUUCUGAAUAAUAUAUUUCAAGAGAUUGGUUCAAUUAUCUCUUGUUAGCUGACGACAAAGCCCAGUGAAUUCAGUGGGGCUUCUCAGUAGGAAGACUUUGGACUGGAACUUCAGUUAACAAUUCUGUGCAUUGAUAACAAAACAAAACUUACUGAAAAUCAUUUUAUUUUUAUUUAGUUAACACUGCUGAUUUUUAUUGUAUUGCAAUGAUUUUUGGUUCUUGCCAGUGAACCAAGUUGCAUGAAAGUUAUGGUGAGGACCAGACGCUGGAGAGAAAACAGAAAAAUAAUCCUAAUACAUCUUUUGUUUUCAGACAGGUAAACCUCAGUCUAACUGGAGCUCAAAGAAAGGGAGCAGGGGAACCUCUAUUACUGUUAGGCAGGUCUGGUUCUGGAGUUGGGUGGCCUGUGGGGGGGGUGCUAUCAAAGCCACAUUAAAAAAGCACAUUAGAACACUGGAUGUUUCUCAACCCUCUCCCUGAAGGAACAAAGAUUCUGUUACAUUAAAAGGCAGCCAUGGCUCCCCUGCUACCAGUGUUGGGAGCAAGAGCCCACAGCAGCCCAUGUAGGUGCUGAAGGUUUAUAAAGAGUAGGUGCUAGGAGAGAUGGGGAGGGACAAUCUAUUCAACUACAAAAGCCCUAACAGCAUCCACCAGGCUUUGGCCAACGUCACUCACAAGAAAAAUCUCACCCUUCAGGCAGCCGUAACAGUCUCUGGAUUGCUUGGCAUUGGUGCCACACAUGUCCUUCAGCCAUUCACAGAAGAGGUCCUUGACCUUUAGCACUAAGAACUGCCCCAGAACCACGUAAGCCUUGUCAAAGUCUGUCUUCCAGCUUCCAAGUAUAUCUCAGUCCCAAUUAUUCUGUCUGGUGGUCAUAUUGCCUGCAGCUCUGACUGCUUUCUCACCUCAGCUGUCGCUCCUGCGCCCACCCCCCGAAAUUUCAUUUUAGGCUUCUGAGUAAAUGUUAGUGAGUGACCUAUAGGUUGGACACAUUUCUUGUUGGAGCAUGUUUCCAAGAUAAUGCUUUAAGCUGUGAGCCUUGUUUUUUAUAUACCGUACCUAAAACAAGAAUACUGAUUGGCAGUAACAACAGUUUUUCUAUUAGAUACGGUUAUUAUAUACAGAAAAUCAAGAAAUUUGAAUUUUAAGUAACAUAAAGGCAAUCUUUUGAUACCAAGACUCUGGACAUUUUACAAUUACUUCCCAAGUGCUUUCUUAUGCUCUCAUAGACAGAUCCAUGAAGGAGAAGACCUUGUUCUACCAUUACUGAUAGAAGUAGUGUGGUUCAGAAACAGCAGGAUUAGAAAAGUCCUACUUGUGGUCUUCCCAUAGGUGUCCAUUGGCUACUGUGAGAACAGGAUGCUGAACUAGAUGGAUCAUUGACCAAAUCCAGGAGACUGUUCUUAUGUUCCUUGGCAAAAUGAUUUCUGAUGUGAGUUACAAAGCAACAGUUCUGUUACUGUACUUAAGGAGAGCUGGAUUGUUACCUAAUUCAGAGAGGCAUUUUAAACACUCUUCUGUGCAAGGCAAAAUGUUGCAGUACCAUCUCAUAUAUGUCUACUUAGAAGGAAGUUCCAUCAAAUUCAGUGGAAAACUUGCAUUGGCAGCUGAAGAGUCACAAAAAAUUAUGGGUGGAGUUCAACAUAGUGCGAAGGCAAGCUUUCCGUUAGCGCAAGGAUAUCUCCUUGUGCCACAAAUACACCCCCCUCCCCUGUGUGCUCCCGAAAUAUGUUCUAGGGGUUCCCCCAACCCUCUGAAGCAGAAUUGGAGACCACGCAAGGUGUGUGCAGGGGAGGCAGAGGUGAGGAAAUUCCUGUUGGCGCAAGUGAAAAUUGUUCCCCUUAGGCAUUUAUUUAGUUGACUACCGUCUUGUGUUUGUAAUAUUUAUUACCAGCAGAUUGUAAAUGUGCAUGUAAAAGGUACGCAUGCUAUCAAUGGGAGAUAACCAAAUGGGAGAUAACCAACAUUAGUCAUACUCACAGAAGACUCAUUAAAAUCAAUGGACAAAUUGGAUUUCAUCCUAUAUGGGUAUAGAGGAUUUCACUUCAUAAUACGUAUGAGUUUCCAAGAAGCUCUGUCAAAUUUAUAAGAAUAUAUAACCUUAAGACUGGUCUUAACUAGUGUUUGAAAUAUAUAUAUAUGUUACACAGCAGCAUGGAAUUCCAUAUGAUCAUUAUUUAUGUUUGAUUUUAGCCUUGAGACACCAAAAAGUGCUAUGUAUUCAAUGUACUUCCCUAAGUGUAAGACUUUUUUCUGAAUUAGGUACCUAUUUGUCUUCAAACAUUAUAUGUUGUAAUGCAAUGUUCUAUAUUAGUUCCUUCGUACUGCAAUCCUCUCAGAGUAAGUCCCAUUGAAUAUAGUGAUACUCAGUAAAUAUGUAUGGGAUUGCACUAUCACUAGAAUUUCUCUGCUAGUGUUAUUGUAGAUAUAGUUCUAGUAAAAGCACACUUUUAAAAAGCUAAUGUAGUAUAAUUAUAAACUAUUUCAUUAGGCCAACUCAGGUUUGUUUAAUACACACAAACGUUGGGGGAAAGAUAUGGUACAAUGACAUAUUUAAAUCUACCUAUCUACUUAUAUAAAAACCUGCAUAAAAUUACAGAAAUAAAAACAAGAUCAGUUCUGACAGAAAUGAUUGUGUGAAAAAAUAUUAUGUGAAAAUAAGUGAUGGUAAUACUUACAACAUAAUUAUUAGUCUUUAUGAUCUAUCUUGUAAAAGCUACACCCAAAACCAGAGAAAUGCUGUAAUUUUAAUAUUUAUUAGGUGACACCCACUUACGACUGUCCACUGAAAAAAGGAAUCUGCCAGCAGAACAAGGUCAUUUUCCAAACAAGGAAGGCCAUUUCUGCCGAUACUCUUCCCACCCUGAUGCAUCUAAAAGUCUGUCCAGAUAUCUAGAAUUUUGAUGUGUGUUUUAAUCUGUUUUAAGUUUAUCACUGAUUACAUUUUAAAAAAUGCUUUAAAUAGUUUUUUUUAACAAUAAUUUUACGGUUUUCUUUUUUGCAAACUGCUUGAGGGGUUUUUUUCAAUCAAUCAAUAUAGACAUUGUAUGAAAUAAUGAUAAAUAAAACAGUUCCAGAGGGCUAGAGAUGAAAGGGGGGGGGUGUCACAAACAUGACCCCCUUCCCCAUUCUGCUAAUGAGACUGCUGCCAUCUACGAGUGGACAGUCAUCAUUGAAUGUCAGCCAACAGAAAAGUCCAGGAGAAAGGAAUAAAAUCCAAAUGUAAAAGCUAGACCAAACAACCAGCAUGGAAAAAGCUGGAGAUGUUUUACAUAUGGUGGAAAGUAACAAGGGUGUGGGUGUUUGUGUGUUUUUAAAACAGCAACUAUGCUACAAUAUAAAGCCCAACAUAUUCCAGGGGUGUCUACUAUACCAUUAGUAUCUGCUGCCUUAGAUGUUUUGUUUUUAUUGCUGCUGUUUUUGCUUCUACCAUACUGACGAUAAAAGAAUUUGGAAGUUCCACAAUAUAACUGGAUGCUGGAUGCAAGUAGCUCUUUUGCAAUUGAAAAUGACUGGCUUGACAUGACUAAGGAUUACACAGGAAGAAACACUAGAUCUCCAAAGGUAAAAGCAGAAAGGGCGGGCGGGCACUCAGUCAACAGAAACUAUGAAGUAUCUUUUUUUCUGCAAUAACCUGUUUUUUUUUAAAGUCAUAUUUGGGUAGAUCCUAAUGCAGUUGCUGGGAUUCCAUGGAAAAUAACUGCAUGCAAUUCAAAACAUGGAACGCUCAGCUGUAUGACAAACCAAAUUAAUAUCUCUGUAUGAGGUAGUCUGAAUCUCUUGGUAGCGACUUUGUUCUCUGCCAAGGCUGGCAUCAGGGCUAAGCAUCAUUUGAGACCUGUCAAGGUGCACAGCCCUGCAAGGGGACCACGGUUGACCCUCCAAGCCUCCUGCUUCUCUUCCUCCUUGCUGUGCUUUCACUGCCUGUUCACCUGCCUUUCCUGAGCAUGCAAAAGGGAGGAGAUAAACCAGCAUCUUUCAGCUGCCCUGUGCUUUCCCCCUCUUCCCAAUCUGCCGAGAGGCAGAGUGCAAGUAAACAGGCACUGUGGCCUUCCUUGAUGAGAAGGCCCCCAAUGCCCCUCAAAACUUGGAGCCAAUACCAUUCUCUACAGUCCAUGCAUUAUUCUUCCUGUUUCAGGACUAGGUUACACCUAUUUCUCAUUCUCAUUUACUAUGAAAUAGAUUUGCAGAAAGCAGGUGUAACUCCCGGAAAGUGCUUUUGACCUUGUCAAAAGUGCCUUUCCUUGUCCCCACAGAGACACAAUUAGCUUCCUGAACUCACCCUAACAACACAAUGCUGUGAUUACCUGUUUUGAUGUCUGAACGCCUUGCCUCAGUUAAUGCAGAACUUUUUAAUUUAUAACUUUUGAGAAAUAUUUAAAAACAACAACACUUGGCAGCAUUGAAUUAAGCCAAUAUUUUUGGUUGUUUUAUGCAUCUGCUUUAGCCUGUCAAUUUUUUGUUUCUGUUCUUGGAUAUUAUUUUAUUAUUGAGUGUAUCUUGUAGGUUGUUUAAAAUUAUGUUGUGAGCUACACUGAGGGCAUUUGGAAUGGAAGGCAGGUAAAAAUAUUAAAUAAAUACAUAAACAAAUAUACAGUAUAAACAAGUUGUAUGUAUUUAAAGCGUUCUCUGUUGUAACUCUGUUGUGACCACUUGAAAAAGUGAACUUUUAAUGUACAUGAAAAGAUGCCUACACAACAGAGUUGACAGAGUUUUUAGCAAAGAAAUAAUGGCUGUUAUCCUCAUAUCCACUGUUCCUAAUUGUUAUGCCCAUCAUGUCCAGCAUAACAGCAGGGCUGUUAUGUUCGUAUGUUAUCUAUAUAUGGUGACAUCGGUGAAAUUGUGCAAAUUCAGCAUUAUAUUGGCCGGGAAAAAUAGCACUAGCAGUGACUGGUGCAUGAACACAUUUCUGAGAUUUUGUCUGAGGGCCUUAUAGGGCCAUUUUUGUUUGUGAAAUAAAUAAAACACAUCAAAAAGUACACAAACAAAUAGAACAAUUUCCACAUAAAUCAUAGAUCUAAAAUAAAUAUACACACACAAAAAAUCAAUAACAGCAACAACCCCCCAGCAAAAAAACCCAAACAAUACCCCAGCCCAAUAGUCUCUUCCGCAGCCUCAGCUUUUGUAGCUGGAGUCAGUCAGGACCCCACCCUCCCUGGUCAAGUGAGAAAAGGGCUGCAAGGCAGGGAGUAGGUCUUCCAGGAUUCCCAGCCAAUAUGGCAACACUCCCACAUGACUAGACAGCAUCUUGACAUUUUUUAAAGUUAGUCAUCAGAGCUGUAUCAAUCACAUUGUUGUCUUUGUGUCUCAUGGGGUUAAUCAUCGGAAACAUGUUUAAAACUGAGUCAUUUGCUAACACCUUUAACCUAUCAUGAGAAUGGUUGGAGUUGCUGAUUAAAAACUACUACUGGGAUGCCUGUCCUUAUGACAAACAGAAGAUGGUUAGCAGUCCCUCCCUCACCUACCCUGCUCACAAACACCUCUAGCUUCCAAAUUCUGGCUUGUUUGGGAGCCGUUAACUAUAGUUCCUGGGACAUGGGUAGCGCUGUGGUCUAAACCACAGAGCCUAGGGCUUGCCGAUCAGAAGGUCUGUUCGAAUCCCCGUGACGGGGUGAGCUCCCAUUGCUCGGUCCCCGCUCCUGCCAACCUAGCAGUUCGCAAGCAAGUCAAAGUGCAAGUAGAUAAAUACCUUCCGGUGGGAAGGUAAACAGCGUUUCCGUGCGCUGCUCUGGUUCACCAGAAGCGGCUUAAUCAUGCUGGCCACAUGACCCAGAAGCUGUACGCCGGCUCCAUCAGCCAAUAAAGCGAGAUGAGCGCCGCAACCCCAGAGUUGUCCAGGACUGGACCUAAUGGUCAGGGGUGCCUUUACCUUUACCUUUAACUAUAGUUCCCACUUCACACAUAGUGAGGAGCUAUGCUUAACUAUAGCUUUCUGAUUCAUUUCCCUGCUUGCCUAGAGGGAGCAGCCAAGCAGGAGCAAAGUCUGUGUCUCUCUCUCUCUCUCUGUGUGUGUGUGUGUGUGUGUGUGUGUGUGUGUGUGUCCGCCAGAAUUUGAUCAUGAGAACUGAAACACAGAGCACAAGCUUUAUAAAAGUCUUCACCUCCUUACCUGCCUUCCAUUAUAGUCCCUAUGAAGUAAAUCUAAAUCCCAUUAUCUUCCUUAACAGGAAUAAAACCAAAAUUAGGAUUGGUCUUAGUCUUGUUGGCUAACGAUCUAUCCUAAACGCAGGACCGGUUUCAAAUCCUCUGGGGUUCCAUUCCAAGUUCUGUUUAUUCAAACCACAGAUACAGCCUUAGGUUUAAAGAUUCUGACCUGUCAGAGCUCAUUGGAGCUCUGUGUACAGAUGAUUGUUACCAAGUGAUUGCAAGUAUAUUCUGGCAUGUGAUGCAUAUAUGUUGUUUGCUUGAGGUGAAACAGGGGCUCCAUUAAUAGAAAUACUUAUUGUGUAAGAUGCAUUUCUGCUAUACAUUAGUAUUUUAUUGUUUGUACCGAAAUAUGCAGACUGUGAGACGGUUUGCACAAACAGACAUGGAAUAAAAUACAGAAAGUGUAUUUAAAUGUUGCAAAAAACACACUGGAACUUGAGAUAAUUAUGCAAAGCAUGUUCGACAAAAACAUUAUGGGUUUGGAUAAGGGUGGUAGAAUUUUUAAAGUCCAGUCACCACCUCUAUAUUUGACCUGAAUUUGUGAAUUUCAGCAGCAGCAUUAAACACAUUAUUUUACAAAACAGCUGCCUUAUCAUUGUAACCCAGAGUCUCUUGUGGUUUGUCCUCCUGUUUUUACCCUCUAAUGUGUUUGUCUUUACUGCAGCUGCAUCUGUUCCUGGGCUGAUGAAAUAUUACUGAAAACAGCAGUGAGGCCCAAACCUUUUUUUCAAUUGCUGCAUUGAAUGAUUGUUCUGUUGAGCAGAACGUCCCCCACUCGGUACAUGUGCUAGACUAAUUAUAUUGAAUAUGACUGCAUUGACUGCAGCGGGUGCACUUCACCAGCCCAGUGACCUAAAUAAAAGUCUUUACGCA